AUGGCAACGCCCGCAAGUGCCGAUGAUCCUGAAUUUCUCAACAUUGGUGGCGGUCCAAGUGGCGGCACCUUCAACGUUGUCGCCACCGGCCUUGGAAACCUGAUGCGCGAAGCAUUUCCUGACAGCGUUGUUGGCGUGCAACCAGGCGGUUCCGGCCCGAACCUGCUGCGCGUUUCCGCUGGCGAGGCUGAUAUCGGCCUGACGUCUGCCAGCAACGCGACCGAUGCAUGGCACGGGCGUGACCCGGCAACCCCGGACAAGCCAAUCAAGAAUGUCCGCGGACUGAUGACAUUCUUUCCAAGUGCUAUCCAGAUCUGGGUGGACGCCGAUUCCGACAUUCACAGCAUUGAAGAUCUGAAGGGCAAACAAGUCAGCGCCGGUCAACCUGGCCAGACAUCCUGGAAUGCAUUCAACAAUCUCCUCGCCGUUCACGGCAUGACGACGGAUGAUAUCGAAGCUGAUGGCGGCACCAUGCACAAACUCAGCUGGAAGGAGUCCCAGAAUGGACUUCGCAAUGGCCAGCUUGAUGCGGUCAUGUGGGUAGCGCUUUACCCGCAUUCGACGGUGCUUGCCACCGAAACGGCCCGCAAGAUCAGGGUUCUUUCACUGGAUGAAGCCAAACUUGACGAAUACCUGGCAAAGCAUGGUGGUGGUUUCCAGAAAGUAGAGCUCCCGGUUGGUCUGUAUCAGGGGCAGUCAGCACCGGCAAAUUCAGUUGGCACAAAAACUUUCCUGUUUGCUUCCGACAAGAUGCCUGAUGACGUUGCCUACAAGGUCACCUCGACAAUCUGGGAUAAUCUCGACCGGUUCAAGCAGACCCAUGCCCUGCUGAACUUCAUCUCGGAUGAGACGGCAGGCCAUGGAAUGGCCGUACCUCUUCAUCCCGGAGCCGCACAGUUCUACAAGGACAAGGGUAUUGCGUUUGAUGAGCCGGCCCUGAACUGA